AGCAAAGAGUUGUAUAUGGUGUUUCUACUCAGAAUUUGGACAUACUGUCAACGAUUCAGAUUUGCUCCACAGUUGGUUGUCCUUACUAUAUCUCGACUGCGACUAGAACUUUUUGACACUCCCCCCUCCCCUGCGACAGCUGAGACGCCAACAUCGAUCUGAUCUAUGGCUAACCUAUGAUCUAUAGGUUAAGUUUAGGCCUAGCGUGUAAUGUAAUCCUCCAAAGUGCCAAAAUACAGCAUAUUUGCCGAAUCAUCAUCAGGAUUUUCGUCAUUAAGCAGCGCCCAGAGUGGUUCAGGAGCUGACCGUAGUGGAGAGUGGGGUCGUCCAAGUAAUCCAUGUAACCCACUUUCAGCCUUCCCACUUCAAAGGCCGGCGAGUGACCGAGGGUGACGGCCGCUUAGGCCUACACACCUAGCAACAAUCGGGCAUCCCUAACCUAUCCAUACUAACAAACACCGACUAGUCCUGUCCUCGGUCGUCCUACUACGGUCAAUACAAAGUUUCAUUCCUCCUCUUCUUUCGCUUGGGUCGUCUGGGUGGAACCCCGUUGGUGCCUUGAUUCCAACCCAGCCAGCCGUCCUCCACAUGUCGUCCAUGAUCAUGGCCGGGCUGGGCCUGGCGGCCGUGGGCUUCGCCGGCCGGUAUGCCGCCCGCCAACUCCCCAACGCGGCCAAGUCCAUGGAAGAAGCCAUUAAGAGCAUGCCCAAGUUGGACGCGGCCACCUGGGCCAACGCCAAAUACUACAAGGGCGGCUUCGAGGCCAAGAUGAGCCAGCGCGAGGCAGCCCUCAUCUUGGGCGUGUCGCCCAGCGCGCCUACCAAGAAGAUCCGCGAGUGCCACAAGCGCAUCAUGCUGCUCAACCACCCGGACAAAGGCGGAUCCCCUUAUCUGGCGGCCAAGAUCAACGAGGCCAAGGAUUUGAUGGACAAGUGAUCCGUGAGAAGUGGGAAAGCUUGGAAGCCCUAAAUAGAAGUGUCGAUUGGAACCUGUCCCCACCGAUCCUAAGACAGACAUACUCGUACAUAUGGACAAUUCAUGCACGUGCCAUCCACCACUACCAAGCACCAGGAGGAACCUGAAUUUGCAUGAAUAAUUGUAGUGACGUGAACACAAUGGCGGAUCCAGUCAUCGAUAGAAAUGAACGACAAAUCCGGCGGGGUUUGGGUGGGCUCAAUUCUGUUUUAUUUGCAUGAGUUGAUCAUCCACGAUUUCGACUGGAUUUGUUACCUUCCUCCGAUGCCUGCCUGCCUGCCUGUCUGGUCAUUGAGCCAAGCUGGUCCGUUCGUUAGCCAAUACAUCCUGAAAUAAUAACAAAAUAACCAAUGGUCAA